AUGGACGCCCACCCCUCCGACCCCAAUGCCCCGCCUCCGCAAAAAGCUGCAAAAACGAAACCGAAAAAGCCUGAGCCUACAGCAGAAGCGCCGCUUCCAGAUUUCAUUAUAGAGCGGAAUAAACUUUUCGAAGAACUUAAACAGAAACAUGAUGAAGAAUUAAAACAUAAAUCCCGCUUUGAUAUCAACAUUACGAUUGACAUUGGAGACUCGAACCCCUCCACCAUCAUUGGUAAGGCAUGGGAAACCACACCAGGUUCGUUUUUACGUGAUAUACCCAAGGAGAUUAGUUCUACUGUGGUGAUUGCCAAGCUAGAUGGGAAGGAACUUUGGGAUCUAGAUAGACCAUUGGAGAGGGAUUGUAGGGUGACCUUCCUGCCGUUUGACUCGAUUGAGGGAAGGGAGGUUUUCUGGCAUUCUAGUGCUCACGUGCUGGGUGAGGCUUGCGAGUGCUAUUACGGGUGUCUACUCUCCCAUGGCCCGCCGACGCCUCAAGGGUUUUUCUAUGACAUGGCCUUAGAGCCGGGUCAUGUUGUGAAGGAAAGCGAUUGGCCAGCGCUUGACACAAAAGCAGCCCGUAUUUUCAAAGAAAAACAGCCUUUUGACAGACUGGAAGUUUCGAAAUCGGAUCUGAAGAAAAUGUUCGCCUAUAGCAAAUAUAAAUUGCACUACAUCAAUAACCUUGUUGAAGGAGAGAGUAGCACAGUCUAUCGAUGUGGUACCCUGGUUGACCUUUGCAGGGGGCCUCAUAUCCAAAAUACAGGAAAAAUUAAGAUCAUGAAGAUUAUGCAGAAUUCCGCUGCGUAUUUCCUGGGUGAUCAAUCUAAUGAUGCUCUACAACGGAUACGUGGUGUUGCGUUCCCCGAUAAGAAGCAAAUGCAAGAGCAUUUGAAAUUCCUCGAAGAAGCUGAAAAGCGGAACCACCUUAGAAUUGGAAAGGAUCAGGAUUUGUUUUUCUUCGACGAGGUUUCCCCAGGAUGCCCAUUUUUGCUUCCUAAUGGAACGAAAAUUUUCAAUGCCUUGCAGGCACUUCUGCGAUCUGAGUAUCGUAAGCGCGGCUACCAGGAGGUUCAAUCACCAAACAUGUACGAUGUCGGUAUCUGGCGCCAAUCCGGGCAUUGGCAACAUUAUAAGGACGACAUGUUCAAGCUAGAUAUCGAGAAGAGAACCUGGGCAUUGAAACCAAUGAAUUGCCCAGGACAUGCGAUCAUGUUUGGGCACAGAGAACGAAGCUAUCGAGAACUACCUCUUCGGAUUGCGGAUUUCGGAGUGCUGCAUCGAAAUGAAGCAUCUGGCGCCCUUCACGGGCUCACGAGGGUGCGGAAGUUCCAGCAAGAUGACACUCACAUAUUCUGUGCUGAAGAUCAGAUUAUGCAAGAGAUUGAUGGCCUUUUCGAUUUCCUUCGUGCUAUCUACGGAUUAUUCGGCUUUAGCUUCAAACUAAAAUUAUCCACAAGGCCAGAGAAGUACAUGGGAAAGCUAGAGACUUGGAAUAAUGCCGAGGAUCAACUACGUGCUGCUAUGACUAAAUUUAAGGGUAAUGACUGGGAGGUUGACGAGGGGGAUGGCGCCUUCUAUGGACCUAAAAUUGAUGUCACGAUCCAAGACGCAUUAAAGAGAGAGUUUCAGUGUGCUACCAUCCAACUGGAUUAUCAAAUGCCUGUGAACUUUAAAUUGGAAUAUAUGACUGGUGAGACGGGAGCCAAAGCGAAGCCUGAAGAGAAAUCAGCCGGAGCACCCGCAGCGAAGACGGCAGACAAGCCAGCAGGAGAUGCCGCCAAACCAGAUGUUCCUCCCACAAAUAGCGACGAGCCAGGUCCAGGCCGCGCUCGCCCAGUUGUUAUUCAUAGAGCUAUAAUUGGCAGCUUCGAGCGGUUUUUUGGUAUCAUCAUCGAGCAUUUCGGCGGAAAGUGGCCGUUCUGGCUUAGCCCGCGUCAAAUCUUGAUUGUGCCCGUCAUGCCUGCUGUUAACGACUACGUUGAGGAGCUGCAGCGGAUUCUCAAAGAAGAUAAAUUAAACGUCGACAUUGAUAUCAGCGGAAAUACGAUGCAGAAGAAAAUCCGCACCGGCCAGAUCGCGCAAUAUAAUUUUAUCUUCGUUGUCGGUGCCGAAGAGAAGUCGACCCGCACGGUGAACAUCCGCAACCGUGAUGAUCCUAGCUCUCAAGCUAAAGGAAGUCUUGUUCCCUUAGAGGAAGCUCGAGCCAAGCUACGUGCUCUUCGUAAGGAGCGCCGACUUGUGAACGAACUCUAG